AGUCAGCAGCUUUAAACAGCUUCUAGUCUGCUGAUCAGAUCAGAGUGUUCAGACCAGUACCCAGUACAGACCAGCACAGCUCAGACCAGCACACUUUAGACCAGUUCAGUUCAGACCAGCUCACUUUAGACCAGAUCUCCAUCAGACCACCAUGAAGUCUGUCUCCGUGUUUCUGUCUCUGGUUCCGGUCCUGUAUCUCCUCUCGGUGCAGGUCUCUGCGGGUCCUAGUUGUGGACCGUGUGACCCGGAUCAGUGUGCCCCCCUCCCGGUGCCGGUCUGCCCGUCUGGGACUCUGCUGGACUCCUGCGGAUGCUGUCCGGUCUGCGCGGCCGCGGCGGGCGAACUGUGCGGCGGCCGCCGCGCGGCAGCGCGCCGCUGCGGAGCCGGUCUGGAGUGCGUCAAGAGCGACGAGGACAAGAAGAAGAAGAUCGGAGUCUGCGUCUGUAAGACCAACUACGAGGUCUGCGGGACCGACGGGACCACAUACCGGACCGGCUGCGACCUGAAGACCGCCAGUCUGACAGCAGAGACACAGGGACAAGAACCCAUCACAGUCCAGAACAAGGGACGCUGUCCUAAAGCUCCCGUCAUCGUCACUCCUCCAGGUGAGGUGUACAACGUGAGCGGCUCUCAGGUGUACCUGAGCUGUGAGGCGGUGGGCGUGCCCACACCCGUCCUCACCUGGAAGAGGGUCAUCGGUGGGAAGAGGAGGAUGGAGCUCCUUCCUGGAGACAGAGACAACCUGGCCAUUCAAACCAGAGGAGGACCAGAGAAACAUGAAGUGACCGGCUGGGUGCUGAUCUCCCCUCUGACCAAAGAAGAAGAAGGAUCCUACGAGUGUCACGCCGCCAACUCCAAAGGAGAAGCUUCAGCUGUCGGAGCGAUUCACGUGGUCGAGUCCAUCGAUGACAUCGUCAAGAAAGUGACGAAGGAAGACGAGCUGUGAUCAGCUGAUCAGAGAUCGGUGAAGACGAUGAUGUCACAUCAAACAGCUGAAAUGACGUUUUUUAAACUUUCAGUGAAAUUAUCUGAUUAUUUUUCUUCUUCAUGUUUUUUCAUGUAGUUCUGGAUUAAAAAAACACAUUUAUUUUGAAAUUAAGUUCAUAUUUUGUUCAGUUUUCUUGAGUUUAACGACUUAGUUUCAAUUAUAAAAGUUAUAAAAUAGAUUUAAAUCCUCUGUGUUUUUCUUUGUGGAUUCAAAGUUUUAGUUUAACUUUCUUUAUUUUAGCAUUUUAUAUAUUUUUUAAUCAUUUAUUAUCAUUUUCUUUUCUGAACAGAUAACUGAAAUCAAUCAGGCUUUUAUUUUGGAAAAACAUGAAUCUGAUCACAGCCAGAGUUAAACUGUGGGUUACCAUAGCAACAGUAGUGAUGCAGGUCACCCUGGCAACAGCACUGAUGCAGGUGAUGCAUUCAUCAUUUAUUAUUUCUUAUGUAAAAUAAAAAUCAGUUUAAUGAACCAGAUUUUCAUCUGUAGAGAUCAGUUCUCUGAUCAGUUUAUAAGAACACAACAAUAUAACUAUUGAUCAGUUCAGGUCAGUGUAUUACGUUUAUUUUGUUUAAUGAACUCUGAGCUUCACAGUUUGUUGAUGGAAAUUGAAAUUAUUUUUCUGUUUUUCUCUGAAUAAAAUAAAGUAUCUUUACCUGUAA